AGUCGGCGGCAGCUGCUGCGGGCCCGCAGCCGCCCCGGGCCGCCGCCAUGCCGGGCUCUCUGAAGGAGGAGACGGCGCUGCUGCUGGAGGACUACUUCCAGCACCGCGCCGGCGGCGCCGCGCUGCCUCCCAGCGCCACGGCGGCCGAGCUGCGGCGGGCGGCGGCCGAGCUGGAGCGCCGAGAGCGGCCCUUCUUCCGCUCCUGCGCGCCGCUGGCGCGGGCCGAGCCGCGGGAGGCGGCGGCGCUGCUGCGGAAGGUGGCGGCGCAGCUGGAGGCCGAAGGCGGCCUCAACUGGGGCCGGCUGCUGGCGCUCGUGGUGUUCACCGGCACGCUGGCGGCGGCGCUGGCCGAGAGCGGCUGCGAGGAAGGGCCGAGCCGCCUGGCCGCCGCGCUGGCCGCGUACCUGGCCGAGGAGCAGGGCGAGUGGCUGGAGGAGCACGGCGGAUGGGACGGCUUCUGUCGCUUCUUCGGCAGACAUGGCUCCCAACCAGCUGACCAGAACAGUACCUUAAGCAAUGCCAUCAUGGCAGCGGCAGGGUUUGGAAUAGCAGGAUUAGCUUUUCUCUUGGUGGUGCGGUAGGCUGAUGGAUGGAUCUUGCAAUGGGGAGAGUACCCUCAGAACUGUUUUAUCAGAUUGCAUUCUAUUUUCUAUGGAACAGAUCCUCUAAGAAGAAGUUUAUAUUUUUAAACUGGCUCAGAAAACUCUCUCACCAAACCCUUGGCUAUAGACAGCUUCACUCGCUACCCAGUAACAGCACAAACGUGUACCAACCCACCAUUUGUGCGUGUUCACAACGUGUCUUCUCCAAACAUCCUCUGGACUUUCUUUUGAACGUUUGACCUAAACAUUACCAUGGUUCGUGUACUGUAACUUCUGAGUGCUCAAUGUCAUGCUAGGAGAAAGCUAUGGUGGACUCGUAACUAAACCCUGUGUUCAAGGCAUUUACAUGGAGGCAGUCCCAGACCUCGCCUGCCAUUCAUACUGUAACGUGGCCUCACACCGACCGAUAGAACACGGUCUGUGGCUUCACACGCAGUGCCCAGCACUUGUUACUGAAGGGCAACUCGUUGGUUGGUUUAGAGCAGUUAGCACCUGUGAUGAGAGGCAUUAUGGCUUGGUGUAAUGUAAGGCCGAUUUCAUGACACUACAAGAGUAGAAGUGUUGAUACAGGACAGUAAUGGCUGCAGUUCCAGUUCUUACUGAAAGGAAUUUAAAUAUUAAACCUUAAUUGGUAUAGUGAAAUCCAGUGGAGGCUGGAAUUUCUCUGGAUUUCCCUUACAAAACGAGAAUUUCCAUAUAUCAUAAUAUAUUUUUGAAGUAUUUAUCACUGUAUAAUACUUGUAGCCAUGACAUCUUUAUUUUUGUUUAGACCUUCAUUUCUAAUGCUGGUUCUUCUCACUCUGAUGUGUAUCAGGCGUUGUCUUGUUUGAGAAAUGUUUGGCUCUAUUUCCAACAUGCUGUGUAUUUCUUUCCAUGGUUGUACAAAUUGCCUUCUGUUUCUGGUAGCUUUUAAUAACGUUCCUGGGUUACUUACAGCGUGUACAAUUUUACAGUGGUGACUUAAAAUGGUGAAUAAAUGUUAAGUAUUUUUAUUUUCAAGAAAA